UCCUCAGUGCAAGCAGUGGGCGACCUUCGAGGCUGACCCGGCCCGUCUCCUCUGGGUUCCGUUGGGGUCGGGGUGAAUUCGAUAACCUGGCUGGUGACUGUCGACGUGUUUGUCUGGGUUGAAGAUGGGUGCCUCGGCUUCGUUGGGAAAGUUUUCCACUAAGUUUCAAGUGUUCCUGGUGAUCUUUUGGCUGCUACGGUGCGCUCAGGUGUCCCAGGCACAAUGUGAAGGGCCGUGCGAGGGGACUGGUGCCUACACUCUUGGGCAAGAGCCCUUGCCCAAAGACUGUAAAGAUAUCCAGGACAGAGGCUUGACAAAAAGUGGUGUGUACACGAUCUUCCCACAGGACGUGUACCUGUGUGUAUCACUCCGCGUAUAUUGCGACAUGGAAACGGAUGGCGGGGGAUGGACGGUGUUCCAGCGGCGGUACGACAACCGGCAGAACUUCUUUCUUCGCUGGUUGGACUACCGUCUGGGCUUCGGCAGCCUUGGAGCAGAAUUUUGGUUAGGCAAUGAGCACCUGUACCACAUCACACCGCAGGACGACUACCUGCUUAGGGUGGACCUGGAGGAUUUCGAUGGCGGGAAGAGCUGGGCGACUUACGCUGAGUUCCGGAUCGGAAGCGAGACUGACAACUAUCGGCUGUACAUCGGUAACUACACCGGCGGCGAUGCUGGUGACUCCCUCAGCGCACAUCGUGGCAGUUCCUUCUCAACCAGUGACAGUGACCUCUCCGGGGGUCAGUGCUCCUCCUUUCGAGGCGGGGCCUGGUGGUACCCACGCCUCUGUGGUGACAGCAAUCUGAAUGGACGCUACCUGGCCGGUGUGCACACGGAGUUUGGCGAAGGGGUCAUGUGGCACACCUGGCGGGGUCUGACUUACUCCCUGCGCCGCACUGAGCUCAAGUUCCGCCCCAUGGUGGCAAGUGAUCGUCAGCCGCCGACGACGCCCCAAGAGACCGGAGGAAAAGCCGGUGAAGUAGACGGAGAGGCGGAGGGGGACACAGGUGAAGUGGUAGAAGGUGAAGACACGUCUUCUUCGGUAUCCUCAUCAUCCGUUGAGGAGGAACCGGAAGAGAUAACGGCCGCAGAACCGACUGAGAUGGCCCCUGAACUGCCAUUCAAGGGUCGAGUCAAAGGAAAUCUUCAACCUCGAAAAAAUAAGAAGAAAAAAUCUAAGGGAGACAAGGGAAGGCUUUAAAGGGUGAAAACAUGAAAUGUCCAUGAAAUGUAGCUUGGCUACUGCAAUGUUGACAAGUGCUACUCAUGCAGAACGGAUAAGGUUGCAAAUGCUUUAGUAAAUUAACUUUUGGGGAAUUUUGACCGAUUAAUUUUGUCGAUUUCACAACAUCUUGUUAAGCUUUAUUGACUUGUGGAAUUUCAAUUUAUUUCAAUAUACAUCGAGGUUAUUCAACUUAUGCGAUGGAUUAAGAUGCUUCCCCAAAGUUUAAGCCAUAAUUAUGUGUAAGUAUGAAAUCCUGUUAUUAAUUAGAUUGAAGCCGUGUCCGAAUUACCUGGCUGUGGCUUGCAAUUACGCAUGAGUCUAUGGUUUUGAGCCGCAGCCACUUCCCAUCGAGUCGUGUAUAAUGUCAAGCUGCAGCCAAGUGAUUCGGACGGGGCCUAACGCUUAUUGUAUGGUAAAGCUGGCUCGUCUACUGCCACCAAGCGGCUCGAAGUAUCUUAUGAUGAAUGCGUGCCCAUGAUAUGACGUCAUGAAAUGCGCAGGUGGUUUGUCGCAUAAAAGAGAGUGGACAUUGAUUUGCCCUCCUAAAGCUUUAAGGGUUUUGUUAUCUGUGAUAGACAAGGAAAUGCGCAUGCUAGACAAAAGUUUCCAACGUGCUGAAUGUGCUUCAUCUCUACAACCUUGGUUUUGUUCCUAUCAUAGCGCUGAGGUUUAAUAAAUGCUAAAGUUGACAGCAUUAAGUUGUUCCAGAAGUCG